CUGAGCUGCAUUUCCUCUGUUCUUUCACAGGCAAACGGCGUGAUUCACUCACUAGGACGUCUCCAUCCCAACACAUGUGUUCAUUAGUGCAUUAAUAGGCUUUGUGUGCAGCUGCCAAUGAAGGAAUCUCCGUCUCAUGACAAAAUGCGUUUACGGGUGAUGUUUAUCCUUGUUAACAGCCAGCAGCGCCCAUAAGGCAGUUUGUUAUUCUCCUAGAAAGACUAUGCGACAGCUUUAAGCACAUGUACUGCUUACUGUAAAACACCAGAUCCUUUUCCUGCAACCAGGUAAAUGAUAUUUACUUGGUCUCUCUGCAAACAGAUAAGACACAAUGGAUUUCAGCAACUCGUCUGUGUUCGACCAGCACAAAGGUGAUUCAACAGAAGAGAUUGACCUGACUGUAGUUUAUCAAGCAUCAGCUAAUGGAGAUGUCAACACAUUGACUGCAAUCAUACGCGAAGAUCCGUCUAUUUUAGAAUAUUGUGACAAUGAAGGUUGCACACCUUUGAUGCAUGCUGUUUCAGGACGUCAGGUGGAUACAGUAAAAUUAUUGUUGAAAAUGGGAGCUAAUAUAAAUACUCAAGAUGCCUGCGGCCGAACUAGUCUAUCCCUUGCAACAUACCUGGGAUGGCUGGAAGGCUGUGUAAGUCUACUCAGGAAUGGCGCGAAGCAAAACAUACCUGAUAAAAACGGCAGACUUCCACUGCAUGCUGCCACCGCCGAGUCUGAUGUCAGGCUUUUAAAUGUCCUGCUGCAACAGUCAACUUUAAGUGAGGUUAAUCACCAGGACAAUGAGGGGAUGACGUCUCUUCACUGGGCCGCCUUCCAUAACCGACCACAACAUGCGCAAUGCCUUUUACAAAAGGGAGCAGAUCCUACUCUGGUUGACAAGGACUUCAAAACAGCUCUUCACUGGGCAGUACAGAGUGGAAACAGAGCUCUGUGCUCAAUCAUCCUGGAUCAUCAGCAGGGUCAGUCCACGAUCAACUAUGAUGAUGAGAAUGGGAAGACAUGUAUGCAUAUAGCGGCUGCUGCGGGUUACAGCGACAUUAUCUGUGAGCUGGCCAGAGUCCCCGAAUGCAACCUGCAGGCUCUAGAUGUGGAUGACAGGACUCCAUUGCACUGGGCGGCAGCAGCAGGCAAAUCAGAAUGUGUCCAGACACUUUUAAACCUUGGUGUGGAUAUUAACCCCAGGGAUAUCAAUGAGAAUACUCCCUUGACAUAUGCCAUGUACUGUGGUCACACAGCUUGCAUUAAACUGCUUUCCCAGGAAAAUAGCAGACCAGACCCCUUUCAGACUCUUACAUCACCAGGCAGUAAAGCCAUGAGGAAAGAAGGACGUCUCACUGUGCUAAAUCAGAUAUUUUCUUGCAAGAAAAAGAAAGCAGAUAAAAAAGCACACCAGAAAGACAAACUCAGGUAUGGAGAAGAGACCUCAGAGGUCGAUGACAUUAUUACCACCUUUGACUGCAUUCUGGACACAAACUGUAAAGAUCCACCAGAGGAGAUAGUAAAUUCAGUCAAUUGCAAAAAGAGAACUAUGGAGUCCCAGAAAUAUCUUUUACCAGAAAAUAAGCAAAACUGCAAAGGUCUUCCCCCAAUAAGAACACAGAGUCUCCCACCGAUUACUCUCGGACAAACGUUUUUAACAUCAUCACAAAGUGUGACUAAUGCAACGCAAGGAAAUGCAUUUUAUUUUGCACACAGAUCUCAAAAGAGUAAAAGCGAGCAUGAUUUAUUUGACAAUAAAGUUAGUUGCAAAACUUUGCAAGACAAUCCUUGGAAUGUAGCAGCAAACCAAAUCCUAUCUAAUAAUGCAUGGACUUCACCGCGCCAAGACAAAGUCAUCAUGGACCACGCUUUACAUAAAAAAUGUAAUCAUUUGGAGAGUCUAUGUCCUCCUCGCCUUCCUCAGAUGGAAAAUACAUAUACAGGCCAUCAUGUACUACAGUCAUCCCAGGAAAAACAGAGGGUGAAAGAAUUCCACAUAGUGCGGAAUAAUUUAGCUCCAAUACCGGAUCACUGUGUUAAGAGAGUCCAGUUGCCAUCUGGUCAAGUCUGUCAGGGUGUCAAGAAGUCUAUGUCUCUGCCUUCAAACUCUUUAAGAAUUGGACCUAAUCUAUCACCGUUAAUCAUCUCUAAACCCCAGAGUCACUCGCUUUACUCCUUCUUGCCUGUUCUAAGACGAGAACCUCUCAGAUCAACUCGAGUGCUCCCAGCCAUUCCAAGCCAGAAAGGGCACAAUGCAACAGAAAGCCUUAUGCAAUCUCCAAAGAAACUGGAUCCCAGUGACUAAUUGGUGGUCAGAAACAUGGAGUUAUACAGUGUAUUUUAUGUAUCUCAAUAUAUCUCAAUCUGCAAGGCAAGAAUCGAUGUGAGAAACUUGUAUCUAUCCUUGAGAAAGAAUAUAAUUUAUGUUUUUACUAUUUUUUAAAAGGUAAUCAUUUUUAUAAGUUAUUAUUUUGCGAUCUCCCAUGCCAAAAAUAUGUGAAACUAUUGCAGAAGCUUUUAAAGAUAUUGGUCAAUUGACAUUAUGCAUAUUAAAUUGUAUUUAUUUUUUAAAUUCAAUCAUUUACUUUAAUUGUCCAAUAAAA